AUUCUUUCUUCGUCUGUCUUUCCGACCUGCCGUUCUAGAUCGUAAUUUCACGGUAACACUCGCUUGCUAGGCCUCGAAUUGUAAUAAAAUAUCGCAUCGCAAAAGUUGUGGAAAAGGGUUGCUCUCUCUCCAACUUGACACCGGUCUUCCGCGCCCUCACAUUUCCUUUCAUUGACCACAUUUUCAUAACACAACCCCAAUCGGAGGAUCAGCGUGUACAAAACUACUUGGCCUUUCGCCAAGCGUAUUUGUGCAAGAUGUCAGCAAGAGGAGCCCGAAGCCGAAAGGUCCAGCAGAAGGACAUUGAGAAGAAGGACAAAAAGGUAGCAGUGAAAGGGAAAGCCCCAGAGAACCCCGACGCGUUCGCAGACUGGCGGGCGACACCGAGUAGCAAUGGGUCACGCAACACUGGACUCACCCGGUCCAUGAGUAAUCGCAGCCACGGGACAUCGCACAGUAGCGGCAGCGCGACCAGAUCGCGUCUGAAUACCGUAUACUCGAACGAGUCGUCAGGCUAUGGAAGGCCGCCGAAGAGUUCGGCAAGCGGCGGAGCCUCGAUCUCAGACCACUCGGCCAAAGGCAAAGAAACCGCAAAGUUCCAGACGAACGGGAAAGAAACAAAAGCGCCCCGAGGACGAGGCGGUGGCGUCCCUAUCAAAACCACAGCUGCGCCGCCGCCUAUGCCUCCACAGUUUCGCAGCGAGUCACCUGCCCCGCGGCUCCCAAGCCACAAGAAAACGUGGCUUGACUUCAGGAUUUGGGAAGGCCCCAAGGAAGACAUGCGUCCCUACGGCGGGUUCGCCUUCGACGAAGACAUGCACAGUGGGAGCGUGCUGAUCUAUUUCAAAGAAGAGCAGCUGGACGAAGACCAUCCAAUGACUUCCAUCCGCGCCGAGUUGGAAGUUCUUCAAAGCUCAGGGUCGAGCUGGCUGAAUAAUGCACUCAUGAUGGGCCGUGUGGACGAUGAUGACGACGACUGGGCUCUGACAGCUGCAGACGAAUUCGUGGCGCCGCCAUCACAAUAUGGACAGGACAGAAGGAUGCUCGGCCCAACACAUGGUAGCAUGUCACCACCGCCAUUGAAUAUCGACCAUGGCUCCUUACGAGCUCCGUCACGAAACGUUCACCGGAGUCCACAGUCUAUUGCGAUUGACCGGACGCGUUCGCCCUCCUCUGCGCUUCUUCGACAAAACAACCAGCGCAAUCCCACACACGAGAUAUGGUUCACUGCACCUACAGAGUUGCGAACCUCGCAGGCACAGAGACUCCAUCAUGUCGCCAUUCGCAACUUCCUGGCAUUGUUGCACGGCAAGCCGAUCGUGGGAGCAGAUGUGUUCGACAUGCUCACCACGCUCCAAGCGCAGAUUCAGGUCAUGUACGAUCUCGACGGCGACAAUCAAUUUACAUCGGCAGAGCGCAGCGUACAGAUGAUCACAGAUUAUCUGUCACAGAACGGAGUUGAUGAUGCCCGCAAUGACAUCAAGCAUGCCCUAUCACUGCUUGCGUGGGCUGAGCAGGACGGUGUGAAGUGGCGACAAGGAUAUCUGGAGUGUUUCACGCAUCUCGCGGGAGCAAUGACACCACAGACCGAAGAGCUCUCGGAGUUCAAAAGACUAUCAAUCGUUACGAGACGGAACCUUGGUAUUGCCGCGAAGACCCUCCAACUCAGGGUGAUGGAGGCGGAGGAGAGACUAGCGAGCUUCGACUUUGCCGAUCUAUGGAAAAGCAGCCCAAAGCUGACGAACGGACCUGUCUACCAGAGCUACCAGGCGUUCAGGCAGUUCUUGAUCGACCAUUACGGGCGAAUCUACGGCACAUGGCCGCCGCCCUCGGGUACCUGGCUAAACCGCAAGACCGUCCUUGCAAUGCAGAACGACUUCGGAUCUCUCUACGACUAUCUCGUGAACAGAGACGUUUACUGGAACCCCCGGGAAGAGCGCGCGAGCCGAAAGUGGGAGAUGCAGCACCGCAAGUCCGAUGACUUUGAGGCGGACCUACCGGAGCUUGGCAUCACAGACAUGCUUGUGGUGUUUGAUGCGCAGGCGGGGUAUACACACAUUCCGCAUCCGUACCCGCUGUUGCCGAGAGAGGUUUCGGGUUCGUCGAAGGAGAAGGAGAAAAAGGGGUUCUUUUCGUCACUGAAGAAGGACAAGACAAAGAAUGUCACCAAGGACGCCAAAGCACAUCUGCAGCUAUCUAUUGUGUUUAGUGAUGCGACGAAUAUUGAGAAGAUGGAUAUCAACUUCAAUGGAUCUACGUUGAUAGACAAAUUCGAGCAGUUCGAACUUGCGGCUGACCUCAAGAAUGUCACUCCACGCGAAGCCCGCUUGGGUCGCUGGGUGCUUCUCUACGGCAUCUUACAGGUCCUUUCUACUCUAUCCGUCGACGUCCAUAGCCUCCGACACACCGACGGUGUGCGCUACUUCCUCUGCACCGACCUCAAGAGGUGCCCCGAAUGGGUCACCAACGGCCAAACCGCCAUUCUCGAGCCCACCCAGGAGCGCUCCUGGUGCUGGCAACGCGCCUGGGAUCCAACCCCCAUCCGUGCCGCGCCCGUAGAGCUCGACGCCACCUCGCCCGACCGACACACCUUCCACCCACCCCGCUCGAACUCAGUCGCCCAGUCCCGCCCCGCCGACUAUCCCCAAGCCUCCAGUCCGCCACCACAGCGCCCCCUCCCUCCGGCCCCACUCGACUUCGACGGCGCCACUCUCAUGCAGAACGACAUAACCCGCAUCAGCGAGAAAAUCGACUCCCUCUCUAUGAACGCCAACGCCUCGCGCCUACUACGCACCGAAUACGAGCGCCGCCGCGAGAACGAGAAAGUCAUGGCCGGCGAGUUCAAAUCCCCGCGCAUCAACGACGUCGGCAUCGCCCUACGCCACCUGCGCGCCGAAGAAGCCCAGCGCGGCAUCGACACCGACUACGCCCAGCGCCCGCUGCCCGCCCCGCGCGACCGCGACCACUCGCGAGAAGCACACAUGUACGCGCACCGCCCGCUGCCGCCGCCACGCAGUCCCCUCCGCAGCCCCGGGCUCAGCGACGCAGGCACCGAUCUCGGCAGCUACCCGUUCAGCGCGGCCGACUCGUUCGCCGCCGACCUGCGCGAGGCUCGGAACCUCGACCUCCGCGCCGACUCGCGCACCGCCGAUAUGCGCGCGGAUCUAAGGCCCCUCGAUACUCAUUCCGUCGCUGAACUCGGAUUCCCCAGUCCGCCCUCGUAUCCCGCGAGUCCGCGUGAGCGCAGCGCGAGUCGGCCCCCUGGGUACGCGCCGGGGUAUCCCGCGGGGUAUGGGAGUGAGGCGCUGGGGGCCGGCAGGGGCAGGGAGCGCAGCGCGAGUAAACCGCCCGGAUACGAGGAGCGCGUUGGGCGGCGGGAGAGGGGUGCGGGCGUUGGGGUUGGUGCUGGUGCUGGGGGAGAGUUUCAGGGGGGUUGGUAGAGUUGUUUCGCGCUUGUCGGGUUCUGUGCUGUUUCGUUCUGUGGUUUUGUGGGCGAGGUGGUGUACAACAAUAAAAUAGAUGAUACGGGGAGCGGGGUGGUUAAGACAAGAGAAGGGCGUUAGGACAGGGGAGGCGAGUCG